AUGCCUCUUUUCGGAAAGCACAACAAGAACAACGACAAGCACGACGCGAAGCAUGAUGCUCGCCGUGAUGCCGAAUUCAACGACAACCAGAACAUGGGUCAGCCCGGCUUCGCCGGCCAGAACCAGAACACCAUGCGCGAAGGCCAGCCAGGCUUUGCGGGCCAAACUGGCGCCGGCAUGAACCACGGCAUGCACGCUGACCCGUACGCCAACCAGACCUCCGCCCCGGGCACCGGGCCCAGCGCGCCCGUCCCGCCCGCCUCGCAUAUCAACGCCGACCCCGCGCACCGUGGCGGCGGCGGCGGUGCCUCACGCCUCGCCGGAAAGGCCGAGCGCGCGGCGGGCGCGAUGGUCGGCAGCCAGGCGCUGAAGGAGAAGGGCUACCAGAAGGAGCAGGAGGCGGGCGUGUUCAAGAUGCAGAGCGCGGAGAUCGCGGAGGCGGAGCGCCUCGAGAAGGAGGCGCUGAUGCGCCGCGAGCGCGCGGUCGCGCACGGGGCGCACCCGGAUAACCGCCAUUUGGGCGGGAUGCAGAACGCGAACACGUUGUCGGACGUUACGGGCGGGCAGGCGGGGCACCCGACGAUGGGUGGGUCUGCUGGAGGGGCUGGGUACUGA